UGUUAGGGUUUUCCUGGGGUUUUGUCGCAUAAACACUUUCACCUCCCCGCCACUCAAACACUCUCCCUUUCUCUUCUGUCUCCGGCACCUCCAUCACCGUCUCCGAAUCCACCGCCACCAAUCACUUAGCAAUGGAGAUACAUGAUAUUUCUGAUGACAUGGAAAUUAAGGUUAAAAAAUACCAAAGAGGUGAAGGUGCUGAUCUAGAGGGUUUGAAAGAUAAAAAAUUGAAGGCUCAACUUGCUAAUAAAGAAGAGUUGUAUAAGAAGUCUGCUAAUGCUGCUGCCAAGGCCGAAAAGUGGCUUAUGCAAACUGAGGGUGGUCGGCUAGAAACUGAGGGCCUUGAGAAGACUUGGAGGGUUGACCAACAUUCAAUUUCUAAGGAAGUAGACAUCGCUAGUAGAAAGAAUCAAUUUGAUCUCGUCUUACCAGAUCUUGGUCCUUACACUCUAGAUUACACAUCAAGUGGUCGGUAUAUGGUGGCAGCAGGUCGCAAAGGUCACCUGGCAAUUGUAGAUUUGCAUACGAUGAAACCUAUUAGAGACAUGCAGGUCAGGGAAACUGUUCGUGAUGUGGUGUUUUUGCACAAUGAAUUGUUCUUUGCUGCUGCUCAGAAGAAGUACCCAUAUAUCUAUAAUCGGGAUGGCACAGAACUUCAUUGUCUAAAGGAACAUGGAGCUGUACUGAAGCUUCAAUUUAUUAAAAACCAUUUUCUUUUAUCAUCCAUAAACAAAUUUGGGCAGCUACAUUAUCAAGAUGUUACUACUGGCCAAAUGAUAGGAAACUACCGUAGUGGUCUUGGCCGUUCUGAUGUUCUACAAGUCAACCAUUACAACAGUGUCCUCGCUUCGGGACAUUCUGGUGGUACAGUAAGCAUGUGGAAGCCCACUAGCUCUGCACCACUUGUUAAGAUGCUUUGUCAUCGUGGUCCAGUCACUGCAGUUACAUUUCAUCCAAAUGGUCAUCUCAUGGCUACAGCUGGCAUGGACAAGAAACUAAAAAUCUGGGAUUUAAGGAAAUACGAAGUGCUCCAAACACUACCUGGUCAUGCAAAGUCGUUAGAUUUUAGUCAAAAAGGUUUACUUGCCACCACCACGGGAUCAUUCAUACAAGUUUUGGCAACUUCUGAUUCACAAGAUUACAGUCGGUAUAUGAUCCAUACUAUGUCAAAAGGGUACCAAAUUAACAAAGUUCAGUUUAGACCAUAUGAAGAUGUUUUGGGGAUAGGACAUUCAAUGGGGUUGUCUUCGAUUCUUAUUCCCGGAUCCGGAGAACCUAACUUUGAUUCAUGGGUUGCAAAUCCAUACGAGACAUUAAAACAAAGGAGAGAGAAGGAAGUGCGGAUUCUUCUUGAUAAGCUCCCCCCAGAGUCUAUUAUGCUUGACCCCACAAAGAUUGGGACUUUGAAGAACAAUAGAAAGAGGGAAAAGCCGACUAUACAAGAAAUAGAGGCGGAGAAGGCCGCAGCUGUUGCUGCUGCCAAGGGUGUUGCUCUAAAGAAGAAAACGAAAGGGAGGAGUAAGCCUAGUAAGGUAGCAAGGAAGAAACAAGAAGGAAUAGAGCAAGCAAAAAGGUCUUUUGCUGAGCAAAACAAGGAGGAUGGGGUAAUAAAAAAGAAGCAAAAGAGAAUCACAGAGACAAGUGAUUUGCCAGUUGCGUUGCAACCGUUUGUUAGCAAAAAAACAACUUAAAGCUCGCCCGUAGCCUGAUUCUGGAAGUGGUAAUGAUGCACAAAGGAUGAAGUAGAUUUGCACACUGCAAUAUCCAACUUCUGCAGAUUUCCUUAUGCAGGUGUGAGUCAAGUUAUGGGCAAAAUUCAUUUUUGAAGAAUGUGGUUUAAAUCUUUCAUCUUGUGUUAGACAUUGCUUUAUACUAAUUGAAGUAGAGAAAUAUAUCUAUUUCGGAAGUCGUCUCUUGUCAUUCAUGUAUUCUAACAAUGUACCGCUCAUAAUAGAUCAUAUAUAUCAACCUUUUUGUACAA